AUGAACGCUUUUGUAACUAUAUUGGCAGUAGUGAUCGUGGCCGUGGCGGCGGAGACCCGGGACAAGCGCGGAGCGCUGGUGAGCCACGGCUCGCUGCAUGCUGCGUCUCUCCUCACCUCGCCCUACCUGAGCGCGUACGGCGCAGCACCGCUGCUCUCCUCGCACGCUCUGCACUCACCUUUACUGGGCGCACACUCCCUCUACUCCUCUCCUUACCUUGCCGGCUCACCUUACCUUAGCGCCAGCUCUCUGUAUGGCUCCUACUAUUCUCCAAGCCUUUAUGGUUCUCCUUACCUUACUCCCAAUUCUCUUUAUGGCUCUUACGAUCCACUACUCAAUUCGCUCUCCUCUCCUCAUGCACACACACCUCAAGUCAUCAUCGUGAAGACAUCUCCCGAUGAGCACUCCAGUUCAGGGCACUCGAAACACGAGUCUGAACAUAAGAGCGGUCACCAUUAG